CGCAUACAAGUACCAUCGGUAUUCUUGAGUAUACAUCUCUUUCUUAGCUUAGACGACUCCUAGAUUCUUUCUAUAGACGAGGAAGGUGCUUGUUACUAGACAUGGCAACCACACGACCACAACUCUGGCUACGCGCAGAGAAGAAGCCUCUUGAGCGGCGAGCAGCUUUGACACCAACAACUGCCAAGAAGCUCAUCGAUGCCGGGUUUGAAAUCUUCGUCGAAUGCGACGAGCAGCGCAUCUUUGACGAUUCUGAAUACGAAAAAGUGGGCUGUAAGCUGGUAGAGAACUGGUCCUGGGCGUCCGCGCCCAAGGACAUACCCAUCAUCGGGCUCAAAGAGCUCCCGGAAUCCUCAGACGAACCCAUCGCGCACACACACAUCCAAUUCGCACACUGCUACAAGCGGCAGGCGGGUUGGAGUAAGGUGUUGGCGCGGUUUGCGCGCGGUGGGGGGACGUUGUAUGAUUUGGAGUUUUUGACUGAUGAGAAAGGGAGACGGGUCGCAGCGUUUGGGUUCUAUGCGGGGUUUACAGGUGCUGCUGCUGGCGUUCUUGCGCUUGCAUCUCAGAAGAAGGGAGAGCGGUUAGGUCCGCUUGAGCCAUAUGCGAAUGAGGAGAUCAUGAUUGAGAGUUUGAAGAAGGCUCUUGGAGGAAGUGGGAAGGGAACGCGUGCACUCGUUAUCGGCGCCCUCGGGCGUUGUGGACGUGGUGCGGUCGAUCUACUGAGGAAGAUCGGUCUCGACGAGGAUGACAUCCUGAAGUGGGAUCUGGACGAGACGGCAAAGGGAGGACCCUUCCAGGAGAUUCUGGAUGUUGACAUCUUUAUCAACUGCAUUUACCUCUCAUCUCCUAUACCGCCGUUCAUUACGUAUGACACGAUUAAGGCCGCAGGGUCUGCUCGGCGUCUGAACGUAAUCGUCGACGUGAGCUGCGACACGACGAACCCGAACAACCCGAUUCCAGUUUACUCAAUCAACACGACGUUCCCGAAGCCUACUGUAGAUGUCGAACUUGGACCGGAGUAUCCGUUACUUUCCGUCAUCUCCAUUGACCAUCUUCCGACGCUUCUGCCGCGCGAGGCUUCCGAGCAGUUCAGCGCGGACCUGCUGCCGUCAUUAUUGGAAUUCCCACUGCGGCGUGAAAAGAGGGUGUGGACGGAUGCUGAAAAGCUGUUCAGAGAAAAGCUUGCGGAGGCCGUCAAGGCAGAAAACCUGCAGGUGUAGAGUAUACAAAAAGUGCUGCGCGGGCACCAGCUAUUGAGUAUUAAAAUGUAACAAAGGCGAGCGGACGCAGCCUUACGCAGCCUCGUAGCUGCGGUUCCGAAGACGUAGAGAGGACUAGUGUGGUAGCUACGAGCCACGGAUAUACAUGUGCAUAUAAAACAUAAAUUGAUGUCAC